CAAGUAGCUUGUACACGCAUGCGCAGUUUACGCUGCUGAAGCCGGAAGUAAACACUGCAGGUGAGGGCAGCUUGGUACGGCCCGGAGGUUACCGGGCCGUCAGGAUGCAUCAGCCGCCUGUAUCCCGGGAUGAGGAUGAGGAGGACCCGGCACAGAGUGACAGGGAGAGGGGCAGCGGCUCAGAGCUGCAGUUCGCGCAGUACCAGCCGGAGGCCGACACCCGGGUGUUGUAUUACACCAUGCUGCCCGCCAAGCCGGAGCCUGAGGACAGCGACCUGCUGGACACCUCCGACCCCCGGGACAGCACCGCUAGCCCAGAGGAGCUGGAGGACGAUGACAAUUCCGGCGACAACGACAACGUGGUGACCAAGAGCUGCACGUACCAGGGCUGCCAGGAGACCACCAGCCAGGUGGCCAAGCAGCGCAAGCCCUGGAUGUGCAAGAAGCACCGCAACAAGAUGUACAAGGACAAGUAUAAGAACAAGAAGAAGAGUGACCAGGCUAUCACCUGCACCAGCAAGCUGGAGGAUAAUACAGAGUGUUCGUUGUCUCUCACAAAGCAAAGGACCGGGUCAGUUGGGGAUCGUCCUCCUCGGCCUACAUUACUGGAACAAGUGUUAAACCAGAAGAGACUGUCUCUGUUGAGAAGUCCAGAAGUUGUCAACUUUCUUCAGACUCAGCAGCAGCUUCUCAGCCGCCAAGUGAUUGAACAGAGACAGUCUUUUCAAGGGACAUAGCUUUACCCGGAUCUUCGUGUUUAAUGAACUGUUAAUGAUUUUAUUUCCUAUUUAUCAGUUGCUUUUUUAUAUAUUUAUUAUAUUCGACUGUCUAGUUGUAAACGACUUAGAGGUCAUCUCAUACAGUAUGCUCAGGCAGUGUAUUCUAUGAUGAAUUACAUACAAGACAAAACGUAAGCUAGUGGCCUCAGUGUCACUAUACAGAUAAUCUUGUGGAUACAGUUGUGUUACCCAGACAGUACUUCAUUUAGGUGGAUGCGUCAGUCUCGUAUUGCAUUUUCUUUAUGUGGUAUUCAUUGUUAUGUUAUAUUGCCUGUAAGGUUUUAUCUCUGUGUUCCUAAGCAGGAACACUUUGGAAUUCAGUUCAGAGUGAUGUACCACCAAACUCAUCUGCGCAUAUAUCAGAUAUAUAUACAGAAGUGCUGACAUCACAAGUUUUCCCGCACACUUCAAUAGGGUAUGAGGGAAAACGUGUGAUGUGGAUGAACAUGAGGAACAUUGCAUCCAUCACAAUGAAUUUAAUUUCCCCCUUCAUGUGGUCUCUCUCAGGUGUUUAAAUAUUAUCCUCCAUGUGACAAUGACAUGAUCAACAAGCACGUCCUACUAUCUAUUAUCUUGCUUGCUGCUCUGUGGUUGAACCCAAAUAUUUAAACUCAGAUUGACGUAAAACAGAUGUGUUAUAAUAGUAUCAUUUAUUUGCAUAGUCUAGAUAUCAUUUGCAAAUAGUAUAGAGAUAGUAGGGGAAGACUCCAAUUGCCCGUUAUGUAUUCACGGGUGUGAGCGAGUGUGGCUGUAUGCUGCACCUACGGUGCUGAGGUCCGGCCCUAGAGGUGCAUGUGAGUUCGGGUGCCUUUGCUGGCAUUUAAACGCUGCUGCAAUGUAAACUCGGGCAGUUGGGUAAUAGUUGCUCUUUUUUUUCUAAGAUUCCUGUUUACUUUUAAAAAUGUUGUUAAUGUGUACUUGUGACAUCAUUAGGAAUAACUUUGAGUCAGUGAUGUGCAGUGAGGUGAAUGGCUGGGGAGGCACACAUGGGAAUGGGUCUGAAUGCUGGGAGCCUGUCUCCCUAUUCACUGUAACUCUCCCCUCACUACACUAACCUACAGUGUCCAUUGAGUCUCCUACGUUCAUCCCUUUGUCUUCUCUAGCUGCUGCUGAGUGAGCUCCAACUACAGUGCACUUCCUGGUCACAUGACACAUCCAGGUGUCGAUCAGUGUACAAGGCCCGCCCCUACACUCAGAGGCAUUUCUCUUGACUCCCUUUCUGUGCUGCUUUACUGCAUGUGGUGUGCCCCUGCCCCAGCUCUGCAAAGUAGUGUAUGACUGUAGAACUAAGGCUGUUGCUGCCUCAUCUCUCAUCUCCCUGUAGCUCCAGGGAUCUCCACAAAGCUGCUGAGUGUUAGCUAUUAUUUUAUUAGCAGCUUCUUAUAUAGCGCAGCAUAUUCCGUUGCGCUUUACAAUUAGAACAACAGUUAUAGAACAAAACUGGGCAAAGACAGACAGACAUAGAGGUAGGAAGGCCCUGCUCGCAAGCUUACAAUCUAUAGGGAAAUAGGCAUUGAUACACAAGGAUAGAUGCUACUUGUUGCAUAAUGGUCCACCAGAUUGCUAGGUUCUUAAUGGGUUGUAUGAUAUGAUCACCCAGUAAUAAAAAGGAUCACAAUAAACAAAGAAGAUGUUUAUGUUCUAAAUAUCUUCUUUGUUUUAUUCUAAUUGUUUUCAUAUAAAAUCUCAGGUGUAUGACAGGGGAGGCUCUGAUUACUCUGACUGCACGUCCUUGCUUUGCGUGUACAUAAUGCCUCUGUGUGUUGCUACAUGGGAGUGGGUGGGUAUUGUGGUCAUCCACAUCUCGCUCGGUGUCGUGGAUACCCACGAGUGAGAACAGUUCCUGCGCACUGGGCUUCCAGCUGUUGUUAUUGUCGGCUGACAGGAUUCCGACAGCCGGCAAAUUGAUUGCAUCCCGCUAACCACUUGCCUGGCAUGGUUGCAUCAGAUGCGACCAUACCAGCAAGUGUCUUAUCUGACCUGGUCGCACGGGAUGCGACCAGUCAGAUAGAGAGUGUUAGCAGCCCCAGGGAAGGUAAACUUCCCUCUGCUGCUGCUGCUCUCUGACAGACUGGAAGGUCCCUCUGCCUCCCUGCACCCUCCCCUCAGUGUUGCCAUGCUGACGAUCAUUGCUGAUCGAUCAGCACGGCAGGACCCCCCACCCAGCGGCUGCAGACAAUGGCAGCCACUGGGAAAGUGUAAAAUAAGCCCCCUCCCCUUCCCCCAGUGUACCUGGCAGCUGUCAUGGGCGUAAAAAGUAACGUGAUGUUACCGAUGUCCCGAUCCGAUGUUUGAGAGAUUGGUUUGGUUUUUAUUUUAAAAAACUUUUUUUUUUUUUUACUAAAAUCAUUCACUCAUAACAAAAACCCGACAAUUUCUGAGCGUUUUUUUGGGGGGGAAAUAAUUAAGUGGUUAAAAGGGGGCAGAACAAUUUUGCUUUGAUCAACCAGAGGACUGUGAUGGACACUUUUUGAUGGACAAUAAACAAAACAUGGCCUACAAUGGCUCCGCAUUCCUGUAUUAAGGCUUGCCAACCUAUCUAUUCUCUGAAUAAAUGUUGUAAAUGUCACAUUUGUUCUUCACAUGCUGAAAUUACUUAAGUUGGGUAUACACUAUACAGUUAUCUGGCAGACUGUCUGUCCAAUCUGGCUGCUUGGAAUGAAAAUCUGGUAAUGUAUAGGAGCAAAGGACAAUCGACCAUUUGCUCCCAAGCACUGGAAAAUGGACAAAAACUGUUGUUCAGGUUGCUUAAAUCCGUGACUUAACCAAUAUGUCUGAAUGACCAUUUUUGUCCGUUUUCCAGUGUUUAGGAGGAAGCUCCCAUGUACUACCAGAUUGGACAGACGGUCUGCCAGAUAAUUGUAUGAUCUAUGCCCAGCUCAAGUCAUUUCAGCAUGCAAACUAUUUCCCUGUCUGAAACAUUAUUUUAUUUUCUAAAUUGCUUAGCUUAUUACUUUUUUCCCUCUUUCCCCUUUGACAUUAAGGGUAAACUGCUAUUUUAGAUGCAAAGUCCAGGUUACUUUAUUACAGACUGGGAUGAGAAGUUUCUACUACAGAAGAUGCAGUGGUGUAAAGCCAACAAAUACAUCUGAUUCUAGCUGAUCUUUCUCCAUACAGAUACAUGUUCUGUGACAUCAGAAUAGAUGUGUCCAAAGCACGCUAACCCCCUUUAACCAGUGCCAAGGUUGGAGUCAUUAUAAAGACUACAAAAACCAUAUACAUGCAUUUUAUAAUGUUGAUUAUAUAGGAAAACAAGUGUCCCUCAGAUGUUUAGAAUUCAUUCAAGUAGAUUGUUGUACUUUUAGAGUUCUGUUGUAAUAAUGUGGGAGUGCCAUGCUGCAGCUCUCCAGUUCUUGUGGGACUAGGAGUACCAGCAUGCCUUGCACCUAGUAAAGUAAUGUACUGUGGGGGUCAUUCUGAGUUGAUCGCUCGCUGACGUUUUUUGCAGCGCAGUGAACAGGUUACUACUACGCAUGUGCAUGCACCGCAAUGCGCAGGCGUGUCGUACGAGUACAAAGCGGAUCGUUGCUGGGCGAUGGAUUUAAUGAAGAAUCCAUUCGCACAGCCAAUCGCAAGGAGAUUGACAGGAGGAGGUCGUUUGUGGGUGGCAACUGACUGUUUUCAGGGAAUGUUUGGAAAAACGCAGGCGCGUGCAAGCGGGUGUCUGACGUCCAUUCCGGGACCAAAAACACUGAAGUGAUCGCAAGGGCUGAGUAAGUACAGAGCUACUCAAAAAUUGCAAAAAACGUUUUCGUACUGCUUGGCUGCACAUGCGUUCGCACACUUGCAAAGUAAAAAUACACUACUUCGUGGGUGGCGACUAUGCGUUUGCACGGCUGUUAAAAGUAGCUAGCGAGCGAACAACUUGGAAUGACCCCCUCUGUUGCCCAAGACUGCUGUAUUGCAUGUCCCACAAUAUCUAUUUAUGUGUCCCGUAAAAUAUUUGUUUCACUGCUUAUUGUGACAUGUUAGUGAGAACGAACACUUCUUUAUUCUCUGUUCGUUGUAUUUUUAUGUGUUUAUGUCUUAUUUGAUAUAUGUUUGUGUUAUAUUAUGUAAUUCAUGCAAUGAAUAUAGUUCUGUGAAUUAUAUUGGUGCUUUCACUUGUACAUACAAAGGACAUGCUAGACUGGAGGCUUCACUUGAAACCAAAAGACAGUGUUGUAAAUGAUCACGGAAAUAGAUGCCGGGUGUAGAAUGAAAUAACGGUCAGUUAUUGUGGUGUGUCAAAAGUAGCUAAAUAAAUCUUAGAUACAUUAUGUAACCAA